UUCUGAAUUAGCGUACACGAGUUUGUUUUGACUCUCCUGCGUGUCUUCUUCUUUAUCAAAAAUAUGUUCCCCGUAUGUUUUCAGACGACCUAUAAUGUCUUUGAAGCUUGUAGUCUUUAAAUUCAGGAUUUUUUCGAUAGAGGAAAUGGUGUGAAUGUACUUCUUACGUGGUAAACACGAUAAGAAUUUCUUCACUAGCUUUGAUUCAUCCAUACUUUCUCCUAAUGCAGCUGACUUGGAUGAUAAUUCUGAUAGCUUGCCCACAAAGUCAUCAAUUGUGUCGGUGUCCUUCAUCUUCAAUCGAUUGAAUUCAGUCAUUAGGGUUUACAGUCGUGCCUCUCAAACCUUAUCAGCUCCCACGUAAUGAAAUUUUAUCGCAUCCCAUUCUUUGCGGUGUCGAGUCCUCCAAUGAUGGCAUGGAAUUCAUGUUAACAUACUAUGAAAUCGAGCAACCCGACUCAACCCUGCUUAUUCAAGAAACAACCCAAUACGUGGUGAAAUUACUAACAGACGAAGAGAAUAACGUAACUGAUGAUCUUCAAGUUACUCUUACCAUCACAGACUACAACCAAAACGCGACUGCAAGACCUGACGUCAACCUUAUCUGCUGCAUUGAUCAAUGGCUUCGUACAAACAUAAGAUUUCCCAUAUAUAGGAAAAAUUAUCUAUGAUUCAGCAUUAUUACAAUUUAUAUGGGUGUUUCUUAUGUUCCAGUUUUAUUUACAUACUGCUUUUGAUUUUCGUUUAAAUUUUUAAACAAUAUAAUAUAUAAAUGUUUUUCUUCAUUUCCUGAUAUGUUCCACUACCAGAAUUAGUUUUUUGUUUUUAAAACCAAAAAUCAGAUAAAAACAUAUAUGAACAAAACUUCAUUACACAUGUUUAAAUUCAGAUUAGUCACUAAAAAAAAUUUCAAAUGCCGUUCCUUCUAUAUACUGUCCAUAUGGUACUUAACAGUAUAAGUAUGUUCUCUAAAUAAAAUUAACUUUAUAUUUAAAUUUUACUAAAUUUACUUUGUUACGACUAUCGGCUUUUUAUUAUACUUUUAUUGAAUCGAUUAAUUACAACCACUUAUGCUAUUUCACUUUGAAUUAAGUAACUUUAAAAAAAAGUAAUACAUUAGGAUAGCUAACCAGUAUCAAUUGGAUCAGAAAAAGAUCAUUUUCUCUCAACAUAUUUUCAUUUUCAUAUUUUUGAACAUUUUUUUUUAUUAAAACCAUUAAAUGUAUUGUAAAUUCAUGUAAGAAUAAAACAUACGAACUUAGCGCAUAGCGCCGGAAUACCACUAGUAGAUAUAUAUACAAGUAGCCUAUGUUUAGAUUAGCUGGUGAAAUUUUGAGAGAACUUAAUAACAAAGAUAGUUUAUGUUCUUAAGUAAUUGGUAUGUGGCAAAAAUAGUUUAUUUUCUUUAAGAACACUGAAUUCAGAGCCACUGAUGAAUUCAGAUUAAACAGAUCUAUAAUGUUUGUUUAAAAAAAUUUAAUAAGAGAAAUAUGUUCUCAGAAUUUAGCGCAUGACUAGCAUUCUCUAAACUUGAUUUUUAAAAUACUGCAAAGGGCUCAGUUUACUCUACUUCAUCGGAUCUAACUCUAGGAUUCCAUAAUAUGGAUUGUGCUGCUUUUCCGGUCAGUAUACGACCAGCAACAAGUUCCCAACGUAUUUUACACUUAAAACAUUUAAUAUAGUGAAAAUCACUACUGUAAAGACAUCUCAAAGUUUUAGAAUCGGAAAAUGCCCGGUCUCGUCAUGGUUCGACUUUUGUCGCAAUCAAUCUUGAUGUGAAGGACGUAAAAUAUUGAUAGUAAAAUAUAUUUUUAUACGCUUACUUUCAUAAUAGCCACAAACCAUGAGAAUUUUAACGUAAUGCUUUUGAUUGGUCGGUCACGUCAAGAUUUAAUUAAAUCUUCAAAAACAACCAAAUAUCCAGACUCAAUUGCUUCUUUAUUCAUCAAUUGAGCCCAUUCUAUCUAUGUUAUGCUUUUACUGUUCCACAUAUUCUAAAACCUUUAAUGUGUAAUUAUAAACCAGAUCUAUUGUUUUUUUCUAUUUCAAGGAUACGAACAAAAUAAAUUAAACAAAUAGCCGAAAGGUUUUUGGAAAACAUUGUACAGAGUCUCAAUGCAAACUAACUGUUAACAUUGCAAGUAUUAACUUUUAAGCUACUUAUCUAUCUAAACUCAAUAAAUUGAGAAAUUACUAACGAUCAAGAACAAAAAAAAAAGGCUCAGAAGUGCUUGAAAGGUAAUCACGAGAUUGAAAAAUCUCACUCAUGUGAUAAAAGGUCAUUUUUUUCUUCGUCAUCGCCACAAUUUUUUUUGUUUCCUUUGAGAAAAUCAAAAUCAAAGAAGAGUUUGAAAUCAUCGAAACAAAAGACGGAGCAAAUUUAAGAUUUAUAAAACAGAACGCAAUGAAAAACGAAAACUAACAUCUGUAAGCUUAAACACCCUUUUGGUUGGCUUCAGUACUGACUCGUAUCGUCUUAUAUAUAUAGCAAACCCAGAAACUAGGGCAAAUCGCAAAUGUACUGAAGCUUAAAAGACACAAUUACCCCUAUAGUUUCAUAGUAUAUCAAAACUACCUUUAUAUCGUCGGCGUCUCAAAAACCCAACGAUCUCUUUUUUUUUUUUUUGGGCGAACCCAACGAUCUCUUAUAAAAAACAAAAACUUGAUCACCUGAAAAGUGAAAACUAUCUCGAAAAAUUCUACACGAAAGCUUGAUAGAUUGAUCACAAGACAUGAUUUUUAUCACUGUUGCAAACACAAAGCUCACUCUGCUCCCUCAUCACCACCAUCUUAGUGACGUAGCUAACAAAAACAGAGUAUCCAAAUCUGUCAACAAGAUUGCAAACUCGUGAGACUCACAAAACCCCAAGAAAGUAAAGAACAAGUUAUCAGCUCUUUUGCUGGUGUGAAUGGUUUGAUCUCUACGAUCAAUUGGUUCAAUUCAAGAAAGCUUUGGUUAUGGCAGAAAAGCAUUGUCAACGAGAGAAACUAUCUUUAAAUUGAUAGAAACCAAGACUUCCAGCGCUAAAGGAUUGUGUGAUUGGUAUAGUGCAGGAAACUUUUUGUGGACCUGGUGCUAAUAGUAGAACAGAGGUUUUUGUUUGGCUGUUUGUGUUGUUUGUCUGCUUCUUGUAGAUAUUUGGUGUGAGAGAUAAGUCUCUCUAUUUCUAUCUCCACAUUGUAAACUUCCCUCCAAAGAAAGCUUAUCUUUUUCUUGGAUUAGCCACAAGAGAUGGCUCUGGAGUCUGCUUUCUCCGCGAGUUUCUGCUCCUUCCCUUUCCCAAAAGCAAUCACCAUUGAGAGAGAAACCUUAUCCUUUCGCCGAAUCAUUACCUCGGGAGCCAAGGGAAUUGCAGGUGAGGGUGAAGUUCAAAACUUAAGGAUAAGCACUGAUGUCAAAAGGGUUUUCAAGAAAGAGAAAGCUGAGACCCAAGCUCACAAUAGUGGCAGAGCAACAUCAAGAAGACUUUCAGGAUCAGUACUGGAAGAUAAGCAGGAGAUCUCAGGACAGAAGAAAGCUAUUUUAGAUAGAAGCAAGGCCGUAGUGAAGCUGAAAUCUUUAGGAAAAGAAGUGAGAGAGGCUGGCUAUGUACCAGAGACAAAGUAUGUUCUUCAUGAUAUUGAUGAAGAAGCUAAAGAGAGAGCAUUGAUGCAUCACAGUGAACGGUUAGCUAUUGCGUUUGGGCUUAUAAACACGCCUCCUGGGACGACCAUAAGAGUGAUGAAGAAUUUGAGGAUAUGCGGAGAUUGCCACAACUUCAUUAAGGUGUUGUCGAGUAUUGAAGGUAGAGAGUUCAUUGUAAGAGAUAACAAGAGGUUUCACCAUUUUAGAGAUGGUAGUUGCUCUUGUGGAGAUUAUUGGUAGAAUUCUUUUGUAAUAAAACAUUUGGUGUAACAUUUUCAAACUGAACAAUCAAAUCAACGUAAUUUUACAAAACA